CCAUUCCUUUUUGGUCCUUUCAGAAAAUCAGCUCAUUUCUCUCUCUCUCUCUCUUGUAUUUGUUUAACCGCUCGUAGUUUUUGAGGAGUUUCGACUAGGGUUUCAGAAAUGGCUUCUACGGAUCCGAAGCAAGGUGGAGGGUUUUUCGCUUCUAUCGCUGCCAGUAUUUCCAAUUUGACCAAAUCGGUCAACGGGUUCGUGGGUUAUGAAGGGCUGGAAGUUGUUAACCCAGAAGGAGGCACUGAAGAUUCUGAAGAGGAAGCAAAAAGAGGAAGAUGGAAACAGGAGGAUCGGGAUAGUUACUGGAGAAUGAUGCAAAAUUAUAUAGGCAGCGAUGUCACAUCAAUGGUGACACUUCCAGUACUUAUUUUCGAGCCAAUGUCAAUGCUGCAGAAAAUGGCAGAGCUGAUGGAAUACUCCUACCUGUUAGAUAUGGCAGAUGAAUGUGAGGAUCCCCACAUGCGAUUGGUGUAUGCUGCAUCAUUUUUUAUAUCUGUCUACUAUGCGCUCCAAAGAACCUGGAAGCCAUUUAAUCCAAUUCUUGGUGAGACUUAUGAAAUGGUUAAUCAUGGCGGCAUUACAUUCAUAGCAGAACAGGUUUGUCAUCACCCUCCAAUGAGUGCUGGACAUGCUGAGAAUGAACAUUUCAUUUAUGACAUAUCUUCGAAGGUGAAAACUAAAUUUUUAGGGAACUCAGUCGACGUCUAUCCUCUUGGAAGGACGCGAGUAACCCUCAAAAGAGAUGGUGCAGUCCUAGGUUUGGUGCCCCCUCCAACAAAAGUAAACAACUUAAUUUUUGGACGGACUUGGAUUGACUCACCAGGGGAGAUGGUCUUGACAAAUUUGACCACAGGAGACAAAGUUGUGCUGUAUUUUCAACCAUGUGGCUGGUUUGGGUAUAUCUUAUUUCCUUUCAAGCAGUUUUGAUUUCUCCUGCUGUCA